CACAAGGCAGCCGUAUCGAUUGCAUAGACCCAGGCAAGUACUAGAAAGAUUGCUCAUGAAAAUCUACCGCAUGGAGCACUUACUAACGGAGGUGGGACGCAAGGGGGGAGGGCAAGUUCGCUCAGGCGAGGAUUCAUGGAGGUGUUGGAAGCCAUGCACAAGCUCGAGAGGCACAACAGUAAACAUAAAGGUAUUCGAGCUCCAUGAUCGAAGAGUGUAUAAAGAGUGCCGUGAAGCCCGUCGCAGGCACAUACCUGUAGAUAUCCGGGAAAAUGAAUUAUCUUGCCCAAAGAGCUGCUCCGGUUCCUCACCCCAUCCUAUCUAUCCAUCCGGAGUAUAUAUGUAUCGCCAUAAACUCCAUCAUAGAGGGCCGAUUCCUCGUAGCCUCAGAGCCGGUGACAUUCAGACUGGAGCUGUGAUGGUUCUACGAAUCCCAUGUAAGGCAUACAAGAUAGGGAAGAUGGAAAUUUGGAUUCAGGACGCUAGAA